AUGUCCGCGAACGUGACCUCUCAGUACUUCGACAUGACCAGCAAUGCCAUCCUCACCUUCAUUUACUUUGUGGUGUGCAUUGUGGGACUCUGUGGAAAUACGCUGGUCAUCUACGUCAUACUCCGUUACGCCAAGAUGAAGACAAUCACCAACAUCUACAUUCUCAACUUGGCCAUUGCUGACGAACUCUUCAUGCUGGGCUUGCCCUUCCUAGCCAUGCAGGUGGCCUUGGUCCACUGGCCAUUUGGCAAAGUCAUCUGCAGGAUUGUCAUGACGGUGGACGGUAUAAACCAGUUCACCAGCAUCUUCUGCCUUACCGUCAUGAGCAUCGACCGAUACCUGGCAGUGGUUCACCCCAUCAAGUCGGCCAAAUGGAGACGACCAAGGACUGCCAAAAUGGUCAAUGCCGCAGUGUGGACCAUUUCGCUCUUGGUGAUCAUGCCAAUUAUGAAUUAUGCCGGAGUUCAGUUUUAUCGCGGGAGGGGUAGCUGCACCAUCAUCUGGCCUGGAAACUCCGGGACGUGGUACACUGGUUUUAUAAUUUAUGCCUUUAUCUUAGGGUUCCUAGUUCCGCUAAGCAUUAUCUGCCUCUGCUAUCUUUUCAUCAUCAUCAAAGUGAAGUCAUCGGGAAUAAGAGUGGGUUCCUCCAAGAGGAAACGGUCAGAAAAAAAAGUCACCAGGAUGGUGUCCAUCGUGGUUGCAGUUUUCAUCUUUUGCUGGCUCCCGUUCUAUAUCUUCAACGUCUCCUCAGUGUCUCUCUUGAUUGUGCCAACUCCAGGCCUGAAGGCCAUGUGGGACUUUGUGGUGGUUCUGAGUUAUGCCAACAGCUGUGCCAACCCCAUCUUGUAUGCCUUUCUCUCUGACAACUUUAAAAAGAGCUUUCAGAAUGUCCUGUGCUUGUCCAAGGUCAGCGGCAUGGAUGAGGGCGACAGAAGCGACAGCAAACAAGACAAGUCCAGGCUGAACGAAACUACAGAGACACAACGCACGUUGCUUAAUGGAGAUCUUCAGACUAGCAUCUAA